CUGUCCCUGCGCCGCUGGGCCGUGGUGCUGCUCUUCAGCUCCUACUCGCUCUGCAAUGCCUUCCAGUGGAUCCAGUACGGCAGCAUCAACAACAUCUUCGUGCACUUCUACGGCGUGAGCACCUUCGCCAUCGACUGGCUCUCCAUGUGCUACAUGCUCACCUACAUCCCCCUGCUCUUCCCUGUGGCCUGGCUGCUGGACAAGAAGGGCCUGCGCCUCAUCGCCCUCGCCGGCUCAGCCCUCAACUGCCUAGGCGCCUGGGUGAAGCUGGGCAGCUUGAAACCGCACCUCUUCCCUGUCACUGUCCUGGGGCAGGUCAUCUGUUCUGUGGCACAGGUCUUCAUUCUGGGCAUGCCCUCCCGCAUUGCCUCUGUCUGGUUCGGAUCCCAUGAGGUCUCUACUGCCUGCUCCAUUGCUGUCUUUGGGAACCAGCUUGGGAUUGCAGUGGGUUUCGUUGUCCCACCCGUUCUGGUUCCCAACUUGGAGGAUCAGGAACAGCUUGCCUAUCACAUCAGGAUCAUGUUCUUCAUCAUUGCAGCCAUAGCAACAGUGCUUUUCAUCCUCGUCAUCAUUGUGUUCCGGGAGAAGCCCCCGUUUCCUCCAAGCCGGGCCCAGGCCUUGAGCCAGUCAAAGCCACUGGAGGAAUAUUCCUAUGUGCAGUCCAUCCUCAGCCUGCUCCGCAAUACCAAUUUUGUCCUGCUGAUAGUCACUUAUGGUUUGAACACUGGUUGCUUCUACGCUCUGUCCACUCUGCGGAACCGCAUGGUGAUCCAGCACUAUCCAGGGGAGGAGGUGAAUGCUGGAAGAAUUGGACUCACCAUUAUAGUAUCUGGCAUGGCUGGAGCUCUGCUUUCUGGCAUCUGGUUGGAUAAAACCAAAACCUACAAGCAGACAACGCUGGUGGUUUACAUCAUGUCUCUGGUGGGCUUGGUGGCCUUUACCUUCACCCUGAACCUAGGCCACCUCUGGGUGGUCUUUGUUACUGCAGGCGUGUUGGGCUUCUCCAUGACUGGGUACCUACCACUGGGUUUUGAGUUUGCAGCAGAGUUAACAUACCCAGAGUCAGAAGGAACAUCUUCAGGCCUCCUUAAUGUAUCUGCACAGGUUUUUGGGAUCAUUUUCACCAUCAGCCAAGGGAAGAUCAUUGAUCACUUUGGGACGCAGGCAGGAAACCUCUUUCUUUGCUCCUUCCUGCUCCUGGGGACCUUCAUAACCGUGUUCAUUAAGGCCGAUCUCCGGAGACAGCAGGCCAAUUUGGACAGUGAACAGACUAGACUCCAGGACAGCAGGCACACCACGGAUUACGGAUUGUAGCUUGUAGCCUUAACCCCAUCACUUCCAAUCCCUGCUCACUAGUUCUCACACAAAGGUAGGAGAAUCAUACUAAUCUGCUUAUCUAAUCACUCACAGGAGUAACACUGGCACCAAGCCAAUGGCACUAGUUGCACUGCCUUAGGGAGCAGCAGAACAGCUGGAGUGAUAGGGUAGUUGGGAUACAGAGGCAGCUCUCAGCAUCUCCAGGAGACAGAUGGGGAGAGAUUGGUCUUGAGCUUGUGAAGCAUUGAGAAGAAUGAGGACUGAUGAUAUGUGGCUGCUUGGGUAACUGGAGCUUAAGGACUGGUGGGAUGGGUGUUCUCUUGUCAGAGCAUAUAGCAAAUUCUUUUGUGAGUAAGUGUGCCGAAGAAAGGAAUCUUGGACAGCCUCAUGGCUGAAUAGUUAUUUAAAG